AUGGCAAGUCCUAACAGAACUGUACCUCACAAUGGAAUAGCAGGUCACAACCGAAUGGCAACACACAGCGGAAUGGCAAGUCCUAACAUAACUGUACCUCACAAUGGAAUAGCAGCUCACAACCGAAUGGCAACACACAGCGGAAUGUUAUAUCCGAAUAGAUCUGCCACGCACAAUGGAAUGGUAUCUCCAAAUAGGGUCGCCAUGCACAACGGAAUGGUAUCUCCAAAUAGGGUCGCCAUGCACAACGGAAUGGUAUCUCCAAAUAGGGUCGCCAUGCACAACGGAAUGGUAUCUCCCCAUAGAAUCGCAGCGCGCAAUGCAAUGAUAGUUCCCAAUGGAAUAGGAGCUCACAACGACUUUGCCAUAUACGACGAUAUCGCAAUAUACAACAACAUCGCAGAGGUCGACAGAGUGGUGGGGCAAGGCGAAUACACGAAUGAAAACCCAUCUCCAAAGGAAUCCGUGACUGAUAAUGGCACUGCAAUUGUAGGUUUAAACGCUUCACAAAGAAACAUGGAGGACUCGCCCGCACAAGGUAAUACACAUAGUGAGUCAACACCAGCAAAUGCAAUGAACGCGGUCGUCGCAGAAAACGAGAACCACAGAGACAGUGCAGACAAUUCGGACGAUAUAUUAAACGGCAUCAGAGCGAGAUACAACGACUUUUUACACAUAUGCUUCUUAAAAAACGAAAACAUGCCAGCUGUUAGGGAUGAGGACGAGGCAUAUCUCGAUGUAUACAAUGGUAAUUAUUUGAGUGACACUGAUUAUUCGUGCGACGAGUCCGUAGGCGAUUUCGGAAAAAUGUGGGAAAAGGGAUUGACAGAGGAAGAGAAAUUUAUUCUUCGACGCAUGGAGGAAGUCUUGGAAGACGUAAAGGAGGACGACGUGAUUUCCCAGCCAGAUUACCGAAUGACAAAUGGGCAGAAUGGGUUGAAUGCGCCAAAUGGGCUGAACGGGGCAAAUGGGCUAAAUCGUCGCUGUAACUGUAAGAGAAACCACAGAAUUGCCUUUCAACAUGACAGCAGAGGUGCUCUCCAAAAUGGUGCCCAAAUAUAUCCCGCAAGUGCACUUGAAAAUGCACGUAGAAGUGGCUUUCAAAAUGGCCUCGAAAGGGUGUUGAACGGGGAAAAUAGAAAUGCGCACGCGAACGAGCACUUUUAUAAUAACGAGAACUAUUAUAACGAGCACAAUAUGGCCAACGCACAAAGCUAUGAACAAAUGGAGAGAAACAUGAUGAAGCGGCAGAAGAUAUUCUUGCCGCGACAAUGA